UGAAUCGUAGUGCUCAUUCUAUUCGCGUCGACGGCGAAAAAACAACCUGUCAAAAAGUGCACUGUGUGUGUUUUAUUCAGUUGAAAUACCUAUGGGCAGGCCGCGACUCGUGGACACGUCCAACCUGGUGGUCCUGCUCCCAAAUAGGACCUGUCGCUGUGUCGUCUGCGACAAGAUCUUGGCCGGAUUGCAGAGGAGCAACAUCAAGCGGCACUACGAGCGCCUCCAUCCGGACAUCGUUCUCCAGCGCCCGCCACGCCCACAAGGCCAGCCAAAGCCUUCGAGGCAAUCCACCCGCAACCCAAAUACGAAAACGGGUCGUCCCCAGCUGGUGGACACCGGCAAAUUGUGUGAGAUUUUGGGCGACGGAAAACGAUGCCGCUGCAAGCUCUGCGAAAAGGUGUUAACCCAUCGGCCGGGAAAUGUAAGGCGCCACUAUAGUAUUUACCACCCACACAUCAUCGUCCAGCUGGCGCCCAAACGUUGGGUCAUCGCCGAGGACAAGCUCAUUCCCAAUCGCCAGCGACUGAACAAUCCGGACGCCUCUCAUUUGCCCACCAACAGCACCAUCGAAAACACCGACCUUAUGGAUGAUGAGGAGGCGGGCGACGGCGAUAACGAGGACAACGUUUCUGGCAGUCAAUUUGAUGGCAUCUUCAAGUCGGAGCUGCCAGACGACGAGGAUGAUCAAUCGGUUGAUUCUAGGGACAUCGAACUGGAGACAGUUGAAGUAUCCAUGGCUAAGCCAUCGAUUUCCUUAAAGCCGGCGACCACCCAUCCCGCCCCCAAUGUAGCCUCCAGUUCAACUUCUGUGGUCCCUGCUCGGGCGCCAACUGCUUCCCCUGCCGCCUCCGCCUCAACUCCCUUGGUUCGGGCACCUUCCUCAGCGGAUUGUCCUCUUGCCGGCGAGGAUGCCUUCUACCUUCAAUACCUUGGCAACAAACUGAGCAAAUACUCCGCCCGCACCAAGAACACAGUCCAGUUCCAGAUUAAUCGCAUCCUGUAUAGAGCGGAUAUGGGCCGCUUCGAGGAUGCAGAUCCCAAGGAAGCCGAUUCCGAUUUGUAUUUUUAAGUCCUGCCCCCCAGAAUAUCUAUGUAUGUUAUAUGUUAUGUAAUGUUAUAUUUCGGUAAGCUGUAAAUAAAUUAUCCCACGAGUUGUCAAACACCAA